AUGUCACGCACCAAAGCCAACGGCCUUCGCUCUCUCAAAAACAAACGCCUGAUCUCCGCCCUCACCGCCUACGACUACCCCACCGCGCGCCUUCUCGAUGAAGCAGGGGUCGAUUGCCUACUCGUCGGCGAUUCCCUUGGCAUGGUCGUCCUCGGCUAUCCCGAUACCACGCAGGUGACCCUCGAUCAGAUCAUCCACCACACUCAGGCGGUGGCAAGAGGCUCGCAAAAUGCACUCAUCGUCGCCGAUUUCCCCAUCCAUACUUACACGACUCCCCGCGAAGCCCUCCUCAAUGGCCGCAAACUCAUUCAAGCCGGUGCCCAUGCCGUCAAGCUCGAAGGCGGAGUUCGCCAAGCCGAAAAAGUCCAAGCCCUCACCGAGCGAGAAAUCCCCGUCAUGGGUCACCUCGGCAUGCUUCCUCAACGAGUCGUCGAAGAAGGCGGGUAUCGGAAAAAAGGAAAAUCUCAAGACGAGGUCGAGCACCUUCUGGAGGGAGCAAAAGCACUCGAAGAAGCAGGCUGCUUCUCCAUCGUUCUCGAAAGCGUCCUCCCUGACAUUGCACAGAAACUCACCGACACCCUCGAAAUCCCAACCAUCGGCAUCGGCUGUGGCCGAGGUCACUGUGAUGGUGAAAUUGCCGUCAUCACCGACGUCAUCGGUUCUUAUCCCUGGUUUGUCCCGCCCUUUGCCACCACUCGGGCAGAUGUCGCCGGUGAGAUCAGCCACUCGGUCAAAGAAUACAUCGAGGCAUUAGGAAAAGACGCUUAA